AUUUAAUUUUGCCGGGCUUGGAAUUUAUACAUCCAUACUUUCACUUUUUGAUGAAAAUUUAAGUAUAAAAACUAAAUGAUCACCAAAAUCUGCAUCAUUAAGCUUUAGUCAAUUCCACCUUUUCGAUCACAUUAAGCACUCAAUCAAAAAACAUGAAUACUUAUAGUCUUUGCCUGUGCAUCCUUGCCACAAUCCUCAUCACACCAUCCAGUGCGACUCUGUCGGAUUUAUUCGGAGGGGCAGAACCAUCUUCACCACCACAACAAGUUAGGCAAAUACAACAAUUUGGUCAAUUAGCUCAGUCACUGCAACAGCUAGCUCCAAAUCCUGCACAACUCCUGAACACAAUUGGACAAUAUGGCCCACAGUUGUUGGAAUUAGCCAACCAGGCACAAAAAUUCUUUUCCGAAGACGAAAAUGAAUCAAACCAACAACAAGGACAAGGCCAAGGACCACGAUAUGGCCCACAAAUGCGACAAUUGCCACAAAAGCAAAUCCAAAUCCAGCAACAGCAACAACAAAGGAACCAACAACCUCAAUACAAUUUGAAUAAGUUUGGCCCACAAGAAGGCGAUAACAUCUACUACGGACCAGAAUCAGAUUCGCCACAAGAAGUUGUCCAUGUUCACCGCCACAUCAUUGAACACCGUGGCCCAUCUGGAUCUGGUGCUGGAUACGGAGGUCCAUCAGGCAACCAAGGUGGCCAAAAUGUUCGCAUCUACAAGAUCAUCCACGAACAAGGUGGUAAUAGUUUAGGAAGCGGAUAUGGAAGCGGCUAUGGAGGUGGUUACGGACACGGAUACGAUUACCGACACUGAAGUGCUAUUGGUGUAACACACUCGUCAUAGGAGUGCGUAUUUGUGGUAAAACCUAUAACUUAACAUAGACGUAUAGAUAAGACCUAGUAGAGGUGAAUAAGUUAUUCAGUUUUAUGAAUUUAUUUUAUUUUUUUGAUAAAUAAAGGUGGAUACUUUAAUAAAUAUAAACUUACCAAAUAAAA